AUGGCUACCACUACGAACUCAGCGCAGCCGCGCGAGCGCCGCCCCUCGACCAGCGCACCGCUGUCGGAUUUCAAAGGCCCUGUUGGCCCCGAGGGCUUCACGCGCCCCAAGCACAAGAGAACCGUCACUGGGUUUGGGCCCGGUGAGAUCAAGAGCGUUGAGGCGAGCAUUCCGGAGCCGCAGAGAGCUGCGUGGAGGAAAUUCACGCCCAAGGGGUUUACGACGUCCGAGGACUUCGAAAAGGAGGCUGUGAGACACAUCGAGACAACGCUUGCGCGGUCGCUAUACAACUGCGAUGAAGUCGCCGCGUAUGGGGGCACCGCGCUGGCGUUCAGAGACCGAUUGAUCCUCGACUGGAACAAGACGCAGCAGACUCAGACAUUUACCGACCAGAAGCGCGUCUACUAUCUCUCGCUUGAAUUUUUGAUGGGCCGCGCGCUGGACAAUGCUAUGCUUAAUGUUGGUCAGAAGGACUCCGCUACUAAGGGUCUCGACGACCUUGGUUUCCGCAUGGAGGACAUUAUCUCCCAAGAGCACGAUGCUGCGCUCGGAAACGGUGGCCUUGGGCGUCUCGCUGCAUGCUUCCUUGACUCGAUGGCCUCGCUCAACUAUCCAGCCUGGGGCUACGGUCUCCGCUACAGAUAUGGUAUUUUCAAGCAGGAGAUUAUUGAUGGAUACCAGGUAGAGGUACCUGACUACUGGCUCGACUUCAAUCCAUGGGAGUUUGCGCGUCACGAUAUCACCGUGGAUGUGCAGUUCUAUGGACACGUGAACCGUUGGCAGGAUGAUGAGGGCAAGCAGCACACCUCGUGGGAGGGCGGCGAGACUGUUCUAGCUGUCGCUUUUGAUGUGCCAGUGCCGGGCUACGAGACCCCGACAUGCAACAACCUCCGUCUUUGGGGCAGCAAGGCCGCUAGUGGAGAGUUUGACUUCCAAAAGUUCAACUCCGGCGAGUACGAGGCUUCAGUUGCGGAUCAGCAGCGCGCAGAAACCAUCUCAGCUGUCCUGUACCCGAACGAUAACUUAGAGCGUGGUAAGGAGCUCCGUCUUAAGCAGCAGUACUUCUGGUGCGCUGCAUCCUUGUACGACAUUGUCCGUCGAUUCAAGAAGACGAAGCGCUCGUGGAAAGAGUUCCCGAACCAGGUCGCCAUCCAGCUGAACGACACCCACCCAACGCUCGCUAUCCCCGAACUGCAGCGUAUACUUGUGGACCUAGAGGGUCUUGAGUGGGAUGAUGCUUGGAACAUCGUUAGCAAGACAUUCGGCUACACUAACCACACUGUGCUACCGGAGGCUUUGGAGAAGUGGUCGGUACCGCUCAUGCAGCAUCUUCUUCCUAGACACCUUCAGAUCAUCUACGACAUCAAUUUGAAUUUCCUGCAGUACGUGGAGCGCAACUUUCCCAAGGACCGCGAAAUGCUGGGACGGGUGUCGAUUAUCGAAGAGUCCAAUCCUAAGAUGGUUCGCAUGGCCUACCUUGCGCUGAUCGGUUCGCACAAGGUCAACGGUGUAGCUGAACUUCACUCCGACCUGAUCAAGACAACAAUUUUCAAGGACUUCGUGAAGAUUUACGGACCUGACAAGUUUACCAAUGUAACAAACGCCUCGAAGCUUGGUGGACACGACUUCUUGAAGGACCUCACUUUGCUGAGCAAGCUCGAGGCUUUCGUUGAUGACAAGGAGUUUCGAAAAGAGUUCCGUGAGAUAAAAUAUGCGAACAAGGUUAGGCUCGCGAAGCACAUCAAAGAGCACAACGGCGUCACUGUAAACCCGGCUGCACUCUUCGACGUUCAAGUCAAGCGUAUUCACGAGUACAAGCGCCAGCAGCUCAACAUCUUCGGUGUCAUCCACAGGUACCUGCAGAUCAAGAGCUUGUCUGCGGAAGAUAGGAAGAAGCUCGCUCCUCGUGUGUCCAUCUUUGGUGGCAAGGCCGCGCCCGGAUACUGGAUGGCCAAGACCGUCAUUCAUCUCAUCAACAAGGUUGGCGAUGUCGUCAACAACGACCCUGAUGUUGGCGACCUGCUGAAGGUCAUCUUCUUGGAGGACUAUAACGUCAGCAAGGCUGAGAUCAUCACUCCCGCCAGCGACAUCUCCGAGCACAUCUCUACGGCCGGUACCGAAGCCUCGGGCACGAGCAACAUGAAGUUCUGCUUGAACGGCGGCUUGAUCAUCGGUACCUGCGAUGGUGCUAACAUCGAGAUCACACGCGAGAUCGGCGAGGAGAAUAUCUUCCUCUUCGGCAACCUAGCUGAGGAUGUCGAGGAUCUGCGCCACGGGCAUCUCUACAACCACUACGAGCUCGAACCCAAGCUCGCCAAGGUCUUCGACGAGAUCCACAAAGGACGCUUCGGCGAUGCCGGUGCCUUCAGCGCGUUGCUCAAUGGCAUUGUCGAGCAUGGCGACUACUACCUCGUUUCUGACGAUUUUGCAUCAUACGCGCAGACCCAAGAAUUGAUCGACGAGGCAUACAAAGACACAGAGGCGUGGACGACUAAGGCCAUUCUGACGGUGGCGCGUAUGGGCUUCUUCUCUAGUGACAGGUGUAUUGAUGAGUAUGCGGAAAGCAUUUGGAACAUUGAGCCGUUGGUGCAGAAGAAGGAUGAUGAGGCGUAG